UUCGAAGAGUGAUCUACUUCCAGUAGCACUCCGAAUCAUCGUGAUGUAAUUCUCAACAGAAGUGCAACCCACCUGUUGGCAGGUGUUAGCCAGGCACGCACUGGAGCUUCACCAAGCUGCAACACCAAACUACGUCAUAGAUAUAUCAUCCAACCUCGACCAGCUUGAAUACUCGCCAAAAUAAUUCCAAAGCCGGUAGAAGUUAUCGAGAUGGCAUUAUGUAGGUAAUAAACCCUCGGUUUUCUUCAAUAAUUAUUUUUACUGGCAGCCACCAGAACCGAGAACAUUUGAGCCAUCUCCAUCCGCGCCAUUGAUUCAUCCCACUCACAGUCAUAUCAUAUCCUCAACGGAACUAAUUGCUACCCUUGAGCAAGGCCCACCUCCCAUUCCCAGUCCGUCCCCCCGGUCUACCCACGAUGCCAGGCGAGCAGAUUGACCGCCCCAACCCCCCACCGUUGCCGUCGCAUCUGCCCGACAACGUGCUGGAGUUGGCGGUGCGGCUCGAACGCAAGCCCCUGCCGGACGACGUCCGAGAUGGCCUCCGCGCAUUCCAGCGGGCGGCCUGCUACAUCGCCGCCGCGAUGAUAUUCCUCCGAGACAACGUCCUGCUCGAGUCCGAACUUCGGCUCGACCAUGUCAAACCUCGACUGCUCGGUCACUGGGGUACGUGUCCCGGCCUCAUCCUGGUCUGGUCGCACCUGGAUCUCUUGAUCCGCAACCACGAUCUGGACAUGAUCUACGUCAUUGGUCCCGGGCACGGAGCACCUGCCGCCCUCGCCGCGCUGUGGCUGGAGGGCUCGCUGGAGCGAUUCUACCCCGGAGAGUAUGAUCGCAACUCCACUGGGUUGCGGAACCUGAUCACGAGAUUCUCUGUUCCUGGGGGAUUUCCGAGCCAUAUAAAUGCCGAGACGCCUGGCGCAAUCCAUGAGGGCGGCGAGCUGGGCUACGCCCUUGCCGUCUCCUUCGGGGCGGUCAUGGACAAACCGGACCUGAUUGUCACCUGUGUGGUCGGUGACGGCGAGGCCGAGACGGGGCCAACCGCGACGGCGUGGCACGCAAUCAAGUACUUGGACCCCAAGGAAUCCGGCGCCGUCAUACCGAUCCUACACGCCAACGGUUUCAAGAUCAGCGAGCGCACCAUCUUCGGGUGCAUGGAUGACAAGGAGAUCGUGUGUCUGUUCACCGGUUACGGCUAUCAGGUUCGCAUAGUAGAAGACUUGGAUCAUAUCAACGAUGACGUACACAACGCCCUGGAGUGGGCGUUGGCCGAGAUCAAGAAGAUACAGGGCGCCGCGCGGGCGGGGAAGCCGAUCGUGAAGCCUCGGUGGCCGAUGAUAGUGUUGAGAACACCAAAGGGGUGGACAGGGCCAAAGAAGGUGGAUGGCAAAUUUAUCGAGGGGUCGUUCCGCUCUCACCAGGUCCCAUUGCCGAAGGCCAACAGCGAUGAGGCUCAGUUGGGGGAAUUAAAGGAGUGGCUAUCUCAUUACCAUAUCCAUGAACUACUCGAGGACGGCAAGCCGAAGGAAGCGGUGCUGAGUGUUCUGCCCGGAGAUAAGACAAAGAUGCUUGGCCAACUGAAGGAGACCUACGACCCGUACAUUGGACUGAAGACGGUCGACUGGGAAGGCUACGCCGUCGAGAAAGGGACAGACCAGAGCUGCAUGAAAGUGACAGGCAACUACCUCGACAAGGUCUUCCAGGCGAACCCCUCAACAAUCAGGCUCUUCUGCCCCGACGAACUGGAGAGUAACAAGCUGGACGCCAUACUGGAGCACACGCAGCGCAACUUCCAAUGGGACGAGUACUCGCGAGCAAACGGCGGGCGGGUGAUCGAGGUGCUAUCCGAGCAUGACUGCCAGGGCUUCAUGCAGGGCUAUACCCUGACCGGUCGCACCGCUCUGUUCCCGAGCUAUGAGUCUUUCCUGGGUAUCAUACAUACCAUGAUGGUGCAGUACUCCAAGUUCGUCAAGAUUGCACGCGAGGUCCCGUGGCGAGGAGAUCUGAGCUCCAUCAACUACAUCGAGACCAGCACGUGGGCGAGGCAGGAGCACAACGGGUUUUCCCACCAGAACCCGUCUUUCAUCGGGGCCGUCCUGAAUGUCAAGGCCGAGUCUGCUCGGGUCUACCUCCCGCCCGACGCCAACUGCUUCCUCAGCACCAUCAACCACUGCCUCCGAUCAAAGAACUACACCAACCUGGUCAUCGGCUCCAAGCAGCCCACGGCCGUGUACCUCUCGCCCUCAGAAGCAGCCGAGCACUGCCGCCAGGGCGCCAGCAUCUGGCAUUUUGCCUCCUCUGAGGACGAGAAGACCGACCCGGACGUGGUGCUCGUGGGUAUUGGCGUCGAGGUCAACUUCGAGGUGGUCAAGGCGGCGGAGCUGCUGCGGACGCUGUGCCCGGCGCUGCGGGUGCGCGUCAUCAACGUCACGGACCUGAUGAUUCUGGCCCCGGAGUCGAGGCACCCGCAUGCCCUGAGCCGGGCGCGCUUCCGCGAGAUGUUUACCGCCGACAGGCCCAUUCUGUUCAACUACCACGGCUAUGCGACGGAGCUGCAGGGCUUGCUGUUCGGCCGCCCCGAGGUGGAACGGAUGAGCGUCGAGGGGUACCGUGAGGAAGGGACGACGACGACGCCCUUUGACAUGAUGCUCGUGAACUGCGUGAGCCGGUUCGACGUGGUUGCGAGGGCGCUUAGGGCUGGGGCGAAGAACAACGAAGAGGUCCGGGGGAAGCUGGAUGGGUUGCUUAAGGAGGUUGAUAAGCGGGUGCGGGAGGUGCGGGACUACAUCACGAGUCACGGGAAAGAUCCUGAUGAUAUGUACAAGAUGCCGCAGUUCUGAGUUCCCAUUGGCUGUCGGAUUUGGGUUCAAGGAUGGACUCGACGUCUGGUUACGGCUUGAUAGACUCGCGGUUGAUACGUAUGUCGUCAAUCCAAGUAGCCAGGAAUCUGCCGCCUCGAAUGCCUCUUGCCGUCUUCAAGGUGGCCUUCGAAUUGAGGCCCCAAAUUGCAAACAAAGGUCCAACAUGAUCAUCACCAUAUUUAUCUAAAUCGGUCAAGUGUUGAGGCAGCUUGUCGUACCUGGUAGUAGCGCCGUUACCCCGCAUCAAUGUGACCAGGCGGGGCACGGCAAUCGACGGCAUAAGCCCAUAGUUGCGUCUCGAACGAGUGCGGAGGCCAAGCCUUUGGUGACGUUUGGGCGGUAAACUUGUGAGAA